AUGAAAAAACUAUGUGCCAAGAGAUGGGAUCACAAAUGUCCAAUCAUUUUCCAUAACACUCUUUCCGAGCCCAUUCAAAUGAUUUGGAUUGAUUAUGAGGGAAAUGAACAACCGUUUACAGUUUUAAAUUCUGGCGGGAAAUGUUGUCAGCAAGCUGGUGCUACUCAUCCUUUCAUAAUGAGAAGAAUGAAUGAUGAGAAGAGGGAGGUUGUAUCGAUUUUUGUUCCGACAGAAGAGACUGUUGAUUAUUUUGAGGUUGUUCCUGGAACAUUUAUGUAUGAUGAGGAGAGGGAUGGGAAAAUGGUUGAUGAAGAUGAUGAAGAAAUUGUAGUGGGUGAUCAAGUGGAGGAGAUAGAGGAAGAAAUAAUUGAGGACCAAUCAAAACACGUAACAAUUUGCAAGAUGACAAAAGCUCGUGAGGAGGAUUGGAAAUUAAUUAGGUCAAGAUUUGAUGGACAUGAACUUGUGGAUAUUAGCAUUAGAAAUGAUACAUCUAGGAAAUAUAAUGUAUUUAGGGUAGACGAGGAAGGAAAUCAAACUUCUCACGGAUAUUCAGCCCCAAUCUCAACUUUCUGGGCUACAUUUGCAUAUCCAGGAAACGUUUUUUUAUUGAAGAACGAAUGUGGUUCAGUUGAGUUUGUCUUGAAA